AUGUGAUAGUAAUCCUUGUCACCGCGGCGGUACCUGUACGCCUGUGGGUGUGUCUUACACCUGUACAUGUGGCCCUCACCUGACAGGUGUGAACUGUGAGAUGGAGCUGGAUAAAUGUGAUGAUAUCCCGUGUCAGAAUGGUGGCACAUGUUAUAAUCAAGUCACCGACUUCAUGUGUGUGUGUCCACACAACUUUAUUGGAAAAGACUGUGAUUUGACCUAUGACCUUUGCCUCCUUGCUAACCACUGUGUAGGACCCGACAGUACGUGUUCUGUGGAUGUCAGGGGCAAUGUUACUUGUGGAUGUUCAUCAGACUACAUGGGAAUAGGAUGUACUACACCGAAGAUCCGCUGUGAGACAGCUACAUGUGACAAUGGAGGGGCAUGCUCUGUUGUCAACAAACAGACCCAAUGUACCUGUCCUUCGGGUUACUCCGGAGAUAGAUGUCACAUUGAUGUUGAUGAUUGUACCAGUAAUCCCUGUCCUAGUGGCGCCCUCUGUGAGGACAAAAUUAAUGGAUACAGGUGUCGCUGUCCUAAUGGAAAACUGGGCUUCAACUGUGAAAAAGCGAUCCAGUAUGAUUUUGAUUUCGUCCUUCAAUCCCUAUCGGUAUGUGAGACUAUGGACAGCCAUGCAUUGUUUACACUGAACUCGACGUCGCUGUCAGUGUCACUGUGGUUCAGGCUAUCUUCUCUUGAUGGCUCCGAAGGCGACAAAAGCAUUGCUUCUAUUUACGGAUUUCAGUCAGAAAACAUAAGCUCACCCAUCAGUCAGUUUAUCAUCAGGAGUCGCUCAAUCUUUGUACAAGUUGGUGAGAGCCUCUCUGUCCAGGCCCUUGGUUCUGGUCCUGAUGGACGGACUGUGGCACCACCUGGUGGUGACCUGGAAUGGUCGGAAGGCCUUGGAAGGAGGCGGUACAACCGGACGUUUGACACUCUACAUAGACAACGUGAAGCAUGGCGAGACCAAUUUUAUUGGCUCCAAUAUCAGGCUUCCUCCAUGGGGAAUGCUUGUGAUUGGAGGAACCUACAAUGGAUUAACCAAUCAGAUUGACAGAUCAGAUGGCAUGAUUGGUCGAAUCAGUCGUGUGUACAUAGUCAGAGAGGAGUUCGAUUCGGCAGUACUGAUAAACGAUCUGUAUUCCGAGAGAAGUUUGUACAUCCCAGAGGACACAGUUCAUGCUCCAGUGAUUUUCCAGAUUGAGCAUGGUUCACUGACCGUAGACUAUAACAGUGAAGUAGAUACAGGCCAAUGUUUUACCCAGGAGUCUUGUACUGGUCGAU